AGUGAGAGAGAUUGAUAAAAGGCCUUCGCAAAAGCGAGGGAGGGUGAUGAUAUCUGAGAGUUGUCGGAUCAUUCUACCACCCCGUCCAGUCAGUGUCACUGCAGCGUUGUUCCAUAUUUAGCUCCCGACAACUGCGUCUAGGACUGGAACUCCCAACUCCCUUUUUUCUCUCUCUUUCCCGUCUCUGCUCCCUGCACCGGUCUCAAAAAAUUGCUCCCUCUCUUUCCUCGUGGUCUGAACCCGGUGCACCAGCACCCAAGAGGAUGGCUGAAAACCAGGAGCCCAGCGACACCCAGACUGGUGAGGAGCAGCCUGAAAAUGCAGAGGAGUCUGGGGAGAAGAAGAAGGAACUGGAGAAACUGCCGCCCUUUGAAAUCGUGGGAGGGGAGCGCUUCCCAGCCUUCUUUUUCAAAUUCCAGUUCAGAAAUGUGGAAUACAGCUCAGGCAGGAACAAGACCUUCCUAUGUUAUGUUGUGGAGACCCAAGGCAAAGAGUCAGGGAGCUUUCGGGGUUACCUGGAGGAUGAGCAUGCAGCAGUCCAUGCUGAAGAUGCUUUCUUCAAUAACAUCUUGCCCACGUGCGAUCCCAACCUACGCUACAACGUCACCUGGUAUGUGUCCUCCAGCCCCUGUGUGCCCUGUGCUGACCGGAUAGCACAGAUACUGCAGAAGAACAAGAACCUGCGCCUCUCCAUCCUGGUAAGCCGCCUCUUCAUGUGGGAGGAGCCGGAGAUGCAGGCCGCCCUGAAGAAACUGAAGGCUUCUGGAUGCAAACUGAAGAUUAUGAAGCCUCAAGACUUUGAGUAUAUCUGGCAGAACUUUGCGGAGCAGGAAGAAGGAGAGGCAAAGGCCUUCGAGCCCUGGGAGGACAUUCAAGAGAACUUCCUGUAUUACGAAGAGAAGUUAUCAGAGGUUUUGCACUGAGGCGCAUGCCAGUGAGGAUUUCAGUUUGCUCAUUUAGCUUCUUGCUUUAAUGGUGGACAGACUCAUCUCUGUUUCUGUAUGUCUUAAGCCAGAAAUAGAGGCUUUUAAGGGUACUGUCACUGCCAUCUGUGACUCCAGCUCUGCCUAGGUCUGACAGUACAUGAGCAUCGUGAACUUUGCCUUAGUAGUACCUUACCCACUGCAGCUAGCAAUCCAUUAGUGUGAUCUUCCCCACUAUAGGGCAUGUAGAGGCAUACUGAGCUCUCUUUCUCGCAGGGACUUGUCAGUACCUCUAGGAAUGUCACCCCUCCGCCCCAAAUCACCUUUUCAUUAGGAAACAAAGGGGAGUGUCAUUAGAUAUAGCAAGAACGUUCCAUUCUUAUCUAGGUGGAUGAUGUUUGCACAUCUAAUGGAACUGGAAAGAAGAGGCCGUAGUGGUUCUAGUCCCCUAGAAAAAUAUCAAAGGAGGUAUAUUAUAGUAUAUCUUCCCUUCUGCCAUACACAAAGAUUGAGGAGUCCAUAACUAAUUUUGAGCAACAAAGCCCGGAAACAUCGGAAGCUGGUAACAUGUCUCUCUCUCAUCUCUCCAGGGCCAGCUUGUAAGAGAUCUGUCAACCAGCGGAGAGACAGGCAUGACAGACUUGGACAUCUGUGUCACGCCUUCAGCUUUUCAGAGCUGCUUUGAGUCAGGCAGGAUGCAACAAAAACCUUUAGCAGACAUGGCCCUGAUGGACUCAGACUACAUUUACCAUGUAGCAUUUAGACAUUUUGUUUAAUUUUUAAAAUAAACUUGUACUGUCUUUGUUAACAGGACAGGAGAAGGCUGUGUGCUGUGCUUAACGACAUGAAUGCAAUGGACUUCAGUGGAUCGAGAGGAGAGAGAGCAGGCCCCACAUAUUGGGGCAGCUUUAGAGUAAAAAAAACCUCACCUUAGAUCAAGGCUGCAAAUUCGAUAAAUGAAUUGAUUAAGUGUAUGUCUUAUAAAUGCUGAGGACCUUUUUCAAAGACAAAAACACAGAUAUAUAGAAAAUAAAAUUAUUCAUUUUCCACCA